AUGGCAUCCUCGUUGUACCUGCCCACUCGCAUAGCUUCUAGCUCUUGCUUCAGCCAACGGCUUCAAGCCUGUUCUCAGCAGCCAACAAAACCCUUGGCCCUUUUUCACCCCCUCACAAAUCGGCGAUCGCCCAGCAGCUUUAAACUAGCCGCUGGAGCGUCGAAGUCCUCCCGCAUUCAAUGCAGUCACGUGCGCGACGUGAACACGGAGGAGUUGGAUCAUCUGGUGACCGGCGAGCGAGAGACGCCUCUCGUGAUUGACUUCUGCGCUGACUGGUGCGGGUCGUGCGACAUCCUCUCCGAGCAACUUGAAGAGUUAGCGGAGGAGUACGACGGGCGCGUGCGGUUCGUUCAAGUGAACACGGAUCAGGAAUACGACCUCGCAGACCAGCUCGAGAUCCGCGGGCUUCCAACCAUGGUGUUCAUGGGCAAGGACAAGGCCAAGCGAGCGACCCGCAUUGAGGGCAUGCUUUCAGUGGACACCAUCAGGCAACUCAUUGAUGACGUUGCUGAUCUCCAUAGCUAA